UUUAUUUCUUUCAGUGUAACCCUAGCGUUCUCCAUCACCCGUUUUAUGCUCGCAGAAAACCCUAGUCAAUUUCCUUCGAGGGUUUUAUCGGGAAAGAUUGGAGACGCGAAGAUCGAUUAACCUGUAGCAAUCUUCUUAGGAUCUGCAGCGAUGGUGAACGUCCCAAAAACAAAGAAAACCUAUUGCAAGAACAAACAAUGCAGGAAGCACACGCUGCACAAAGUUACCCAAUACAAGAAGGGUAAAGAUAGUCUCUCUGCUCAAGGAAAACGCCGUUAUGAUCGGAAGCAGUCUGGUUAUGGGGGACAGACCAAGCCAGUUUUCCACAAAAAGGCAAAAACUACAAAGAAGAUUGUUCUAAAGCUGCAAUGUCAGAGUUGCAAGCACUUCUCUCAGCACGCCAUCAAGAGGUGCAAGCACUUUGAGAUUGGUGGAGACAAGAAGGGGAAGGGAACGUCUCUGUUCUAAGUACACCGAGUUGCUUGCCUCGGUUCCUGAUGCAUUAUUAUCAUUAUCAUUAUUAUUGUUUGUUAAUCAUUUGGAAGAUGUUGGGUUUUAUCAAUAGAUUUUGUUAAAUGAGAUUUUGGACCUAUGAUUUUGCAGUUAGUUAAUGUUUUUAACUAUUGGGUUGUCCAGACUACCUAAUCUCUUAUGAAAAUGUUGCAUUUGCUUGGGCGACUCGGGCUUAUGUUCAUUUA